CAACAACAACGUGGUAUUUGAGGUCCAAGUUUUGAUGAUGGCUGCGCAGGAGUCACAAGGCUCACACCGUGAUCGUUCUCUGGCCUCUGCGCUCCAACAGAGUCAGGCCGAGAGAAUCGCUGCGGACCGCUCUGACCUGAACAGCAGUUCCAUAUCACCCCUCCCCCCUUCGGACUCAGAGUCACUCCUUGUACAUGGCCAACAAUCCAUCACAACCGCAGGCGCCGCGCCAUCUUCAUUGGACUCACUCCCUGCACCUCCCGAAGAGCACUACAAGACUGAACUGCGACAAGUCCUGCUUUGGCUCCGAACCCAAAAGUCCCGCCUGGACGUGCCCGACCGUAUCGAAUUCCACCUCCCUAUCGAGCAGUUCCAAAAGUUUCAGGAUUUGGUGCAGUCUGGUGAAUUCGCUGACGGAAAGCUGAAAUACGACUAUUCCAGCGACCACGAAACGCUGACGCUCAGAAUGGCUGGUGACAGACACGAACACGUUGUUUCCUAUCUCUUUGGGCGUCUCAUUCUUUUCAUCGAUCAGGCAAAACGACACCCGGAACCAUCUAUUGCCGAAUUUGCCUCGAAUCUCAGUGCCACCGGCUCUGCUCGUGUCCUCUAUCGGUCCAGGUACGAUAGGCGCGAGACCCAGCGUCGUCCUGACUUGACCAUCACCAACCCGGAGAACCCCAAUUACCCAAUUCUGGUUGGCGAAGUUGCGGUCUCGCAGACUACACAAGCUCUAGAAAACCUUGCACGAGAAUAUGUCGAGUUGAGCGAUGGUCAGAUCCGAACUGUCAUUUGCAUCGACCUCGACUAUCCGAUGGCGAACGGAGUGGUACGCGUCUCGGUUUGGAGAGCCAAAUUUGGUGAGGACGGGAAGUUCGAAAGCGUCGCCUGCGACGACAGCGUGGAAAUCCGAAACCAGGACGGUAUCAAGAACCCCCACGCCCGAGUCGGAUUAUCUCUGUCGCUUGGGGACUUUGCUCUUCGUGGAGAAGUGACCAACUACACGGGUCUUCAAUCUGUGGUCAUGACUGUGUCAAUGGAUGAACUGCAUAAGGAGGUGGAGAGGGCUGAGGAGUACGAAAGAGCCCGAAAGCCCUUGCAGGGUUGAUGGAAGGACGAACCAGGUUUUUGCUCCAGCUGUGACCGCGCAGCCACGAGGAACAAUUCCAUGACCGAGUAUCACUGAUAUCACAGGAGUGCCAGAUGGGCACUUUCACGGCCUUUAUGCAUCAUAGCAACCCUCACCCAGUACCUUCAAUAUUGCGCCGGCCUACCUAACCUUUAUCAAGGAAGGACAGUAUGCGAUUGAUCCUCGUCUAUGGGGCGCAAGGAUAGGGGGCGGAAAAUAUAGCGAGCUGCAAAGAUAGGGGACUCUGUCGGCUCUGAAUAAUAGUAAUUUGUUCAACACAACUCGAC